AUGAGUGAAAUUAGACGCAGAGAAAUGCGAAACAAGAACCAAAAUAUCCAAGUUUUAAUUUUGUAUAGGCCUGUUAGUUCGAAAGAAAAAAAAACUCGUUCGCCAAUUGUGGUUGAGACCCCAGUAGGUAACGAUAAGGAGGUCCACGUGGUGGAAAAAAAAUUUUCAACUAAAUCAUUUGCUUUUGAUCGGGUGUUUGGGACCAAUUCAGAACAAGUUGAUGUCUACAAAGUCGUUGGAGCCCCACUGGUGGAUGAAGUAUUGGCAGGCUACAACUGCACUGUCUUUGCCUAUGUACAGACAGGCACGGGUAAAACUUUCACCAUGGAAGGUGAAAGACAUGAUGAUUUGGCAACUUCUUGGGAUAAUGACCCAUUUUCUGGAAUUAUUCCAAGAACUUUAUCACAUCUUUUUGAUAGAUUGAAAAUUCAAGAGAUGGAAUGCACUGUCCGUGUUACAUUUAUUGAAAUGUACUAUGAGGAAAUAUACGAUUUGCUCUCUGGAACUAAUGUCGCAACGAAACUAAGCUUGUAUGACGAUACAACAAAGAAAGGUUCUGUCAUUACUCAAGGAAUGGAGGAAUUUACCGUUCACAACAAGAAUGGGGUGUGAAGCAUUUUAGCAAAAGGCUCACCUAAGCGCCAGACAGCCACUACGUUAAUGAAUGCUCAUUCCAGCCGUUCCCAUUCCAUAUUUUCCAUCACUCUGCACAUCAAGGAGAACGCAGAUGACGGCGAGGAGUUGAUGAAGUUUGGCAAGCUGAACUUAGUCGACUUGGUGGGCAGUGAAAAUAUUGGUCGAUCAGGAGCCGUCGAACGCCGAGCUCGCGAGGUCGGUAAUAUCAAUCUAUCGUUGCUGACCUUAGGUCAUGUUAUCACGUCGCUCGUCGAGCGUGCGCCUCGCAUCCCAUACAGAGAAUCAAAACUGACACGUUUGUUGCAAGACUCUCUGGGCGGUCGGACUAAAACGUCUAUCAUCGCCACUAUUUCGCCAGCGGCCGCAAACUUGGAGGAGACGCUAUCAACCCUCGACUACGCUCAUCGCGCCAUGAACAUCACAAACCGACCCGAGGUCAAUCAGAAGCUUACGCAAAAGGCGCUACUCAAAACCAUCGCAUAUUUGAGUGAAUCCAUUCAUUUUCUCCGUCUUCAAAGACCUCUUGUAAAAUAUCUUUCCGAUAUAACCGACCUCGGGUCGUUUGUUGAUGUCUCUAAACGAUUUCAAUAG